CAACGUUCCGUGACUGUGUGGUGCUAUAGUUACUGAUUUGAAAAGGUAAUUCUGCUACUAGUUGUACACAGAGCUUUGAAACCAAGAUGUCCGCUGUCUUAGAUGAGUUUUUUGUUCGAUAUGGAAAGCUCCACCGGGCAAUCACUAACAGGACAGUCGAAUGUAACGGGUAUCAUUGAUUCUGGAAUUUCUGUAAACUUGCUUCUGCUCGGCGAAAAUUUGGUGGAAAAGGCUUUUGAAGAAGCCUUAGAAGUGGUUCGUGAAUACAACUAUAGCGAGGUUUUAUCAAAUACCAGUAAACAACUCAGAGACAGUGAAGUAAAUAAAUCAAUUAAUGAGCCUGGAUUGAAUAUGGACAACUUUAACGUUGCACAGACAGAAGAACAGAGAAAGGAAGCUACUGAAGCUACUGAUGACGAGUUUGAUGUAGUUGAUGCUGCACAAAUUUCAAACUUUCCUGCAAGCAACAUAAAGAUAAGUGAGAGCCCUUUGACAGGAAUGCAAGAUCAGUCUAAGGAUAAAAAUAUUAAGGGAUCAGACUCCAUCAUUCCUCAAAUAGAGGUUGACACUGUAACUACACUUAGUGGUUCAAGUGCUGAAGAGGGCAAUGGCAAGGAAGAGAAAAAGAGGAAGAAAUUAAGAAAGAAAAAACAAACAGGAUCAGGAGGAUCAGAGCAAGAUGAUGAUGACAAAGAUGAGCUGAAAGAUCAAAUUGAUAAACUGAAAAAAGAAAAUGAGAACAUGAAAAAGGACAUUGAAAGUUUGUCAAAGGAAAAAUUGUCUUUAGAGGAGAGACUGGGGGAGGAAAGUAGCAAGAGAGCAAAUGAAAAUGAUGAGCUGAAAAAUGAGCUAGAUAAAUUAAGGAGAGAGAAUGAAAGAAUGAAAUGGGAAAAAGAAAGUUUGUCAAAGGAAAAAUCAUCAUUGGAGGACAAACUUGGAGAGGAAGAUAGCAAGAGAGCGGAUGAAAAAGAUGAGAUGAAGGUUGAAUUUGAUAAACUAACGAGAGAACAUGAAAACAUGUCACAGCAAAUUGAAAGUUUGUCAAAGGAAAAAUCAUCUUUGGAGGCAGAACUCAAUGAGGAAAGGAGGAAGGAAGAGGAUAAAGACAAAGUUAUCAAGGAACUUGAAAUUAAAUUAGACAGCUUAAAAAGUGAGAAUGAAAACCUGACAGAGAAAAACAUUUCCUUGGAGAAAGGCAUAGAGGAGAAAAAGGAUAAAAUAAAGGCACUUACAGAUCAACUACAACAAGAAAAAGAACUCCAUGAACAAGCUAUUACAAACCAGACACCUGAAAAAGAUCAGCUUGUUACUCAACUAAAAGAAGAAAUUUCCAAACUUCAAGUCCGAAUUACAGAACUAGAAAAUGGCCUAGAAAAUGCUCAAAAAGAAAAGGAAGAAACAAUUUCUUCAUCAAAAGAGAAAGUUAAACAACUUGAAGCUGAGAACAGAAGUAAGGAACAGCAGCUAGAGGAUGCCAAGGAGGAUGUGAAUAGGUCAAUGACUUCUUUGCGUGAUCAAGAAGAGAUGGCUAGUGGCCUGAAAGAAGAGAAUGAAUUGCUUAAGAGUCUAGUUUCUUCGCUGGAAGAAGAAAUUAAAAAAAGCAAGGAAGAACUAGAAAAAGCGCAGGAAAAAGAACGAAAGGUUCUACAAGAAAAAUCCAUACUUCAGAAGGAACUGAACAAUGCUAAAACUCACAAUAGUCAUCAAGAGAAUACUGUUCAGAAGCUCAAGAAUGAGAAGGCUGAGUUACAAGAGAUAAAUAGAAAACUGGAAGAUGAGCAGAGAUCAUUAGCUGAUCAGAAAAUUACAAAAGAAUCUCAGAUAAAACUGCAAGAAAGGAUCCAUGAGCUGGAGGAUAAGGUGAUCAAAGUCAAUGAAAAUAAAAGAAAGGUCAAAGCAGAUUAUGACGAGGCUGUGAAAGCUUUGGAAGCUGUAGACAAAGUGUAUCGUGUCAGAGAGGAUACUCUAGAGAAAUACAAAGCCGACUAUGAAGAUGCCAUGGACUUGAUUAAAAAAAAGGAAAAAGAGAAUGCUAAGCUGGAGAGUGAUCUUUCAAAAAAUAAAGAGAAGCUUACAAGAGCUCUGGAAUACAAAGCAGAUCGAGAAGAACUCAAAGAUCAAAUUAGGAGAAGUAAACAGGCAAUUGAGUCACAGAAAGAGGAAGUAGAGCAGGCCAGGAAAGACUUAGAUGAGGAAAGACACACAUUGAGGAUGGCACAGGCCAGAGCUCAGGAGAAGGGAAGAAAAAUUCAAAUUUUAAAUCUGGAGCUCACUGAAGUCAAGGACACCUUGCAG